AGCUUCUGUCGCUUUACUCGUAUGAGCCAUGAAAAUGUACAGCCUCAAGUCAUUGCUGAGCUUAUGCGACAACUUCAUCGACAGCAGCCCGCUAACUUCCUCAACUCGUGCGGUCCUCCGGAAUCCUCAACCAACGCUCAGGAGCAUGGCAUUCUAGACGGGGCGCUUCCGAGCUGGCUGAAGGACAGAAGAGUAACUCUACCCAAUGCUAUGGAUCCGACCGAGAUCCAUGCUGUCGUUCGUGGUUCACAAGUGUCACCAUAUUCUCGCGGUUUCUUCUCUCUAAAACUCCUCAUUGAAGCGGAGUUCCCGAGGCUGCCUCCUCGAGUGGUGUUCAGUACUAGAGUAUUUCAUCCUAAUAUUGAUGAAGCCACAGGAGAUGUUUGUAAGCUAGCUUUGGGCCGAAUGUGGUCCGGCGAGAAUUGGAGCCUCCAACAGUUUCUGGAGGAUAUUGUCGAUCUGAUGGAGCGGCCGAUUUUGGACAAGCCGCUCAACAUGACCGCGGCCAGACUGUUCUCUGCUGACCGUGACGGGUAUGAUCGUCGUGCUCGACUGUGUACUGUAUUGCAUGCUCUGCCCCGCUCGUUGACUCCGGUCAAACGUCGACGUACCUCCUCGAGCACCAGCUCUGAGUAUUGCGAGUUUCACGACUUAGUUCAGUUUGAUGACGACGCUUAUACUAGAGAUGUUAACGAUGAAGGACUAGUCUCGAUGGCUGCCAUUGCAGGAAUGGGGUUAUCUAUAGACUCCAUUGAAGCGACUGAAGAAGAUGCGUUUUCCGAUUCGAAUAGUCCUUCUACGCCGUGCGCUAUGAGUGUCGAUGGUGACUCUGAGCGGAACGACUACGUCCCUUGUCAGAGGGUUCCGUUGGAGAUCGAUGUUGACGAUGACAGUAGCAGUGAUGAUAGUGAAUGCGAACAGCCAGUGGCCAGUGAUGGUAUGGUGACUCCACAGCAGAGCUAUCCCCGGUAUUCUCCUUCAUCUGAGCUCCGCAGCGCUCAGAGGCUUGCAAGUACUCCUAAGGGUGGAUUAUUCGGCAGAGAUGCUUCUCCGCUCUGUGAGUCUGCACGCGUACGCAGUACUCGUCACUGUACGACCCCCCGAAGCCCCUUCCUUGGUACGCCAGUCCGAGCGAAGCCUGACGUUAAGUCAAUCAGGAGGUUAUAGCUGGUACUUGUGCUCGACUGAGUACUGAACAUGAUUUGAUCGUACUGUUGUUAAUAUAUCUAGCCCUUGCGGGUUGUAUAAUUGGCUGCUGUUGUUAGCCGUUGGCUCAACACCAUCGAGUAUGUGACACCAUUAGUGUGAACAUGCACAGGUGGUUGAGUAGUACAG